GAGAGAGGAAAAAUUUUGAACAAAAAUUCCAAAAGAAAGGAAAGAAAAAGAUCUUUUUUUCCUUUUUAUCUUUUCCCUCUCCGUUGAUUGUUCGUUCGAUUCAUCCACUCUUCUUUUCUCCGCGUGGAUUUACGCUGGAUUGCAGCAACCGAACCAGAUGCUUUUGGUUCUGGCUUUUUCUUGAUUCGAUCGAGUCUUGGAAAGGGGAAUGCGAGUUUUUCUUUUGUAAUUAUUAGAGGCGGACGGGAACUCUACCCGGUAUUGGCGGCGGCGGUGUUGGUUGUGGUGCAAUUGAGCGGGGAAGAGGGCGAUUUUAUCUGAUUCUUGGGGGAUGGCGGCGAAGGCGGGGAGGGCGAUGCCGCUGGGGGUGCUGCUGAAGAGGGAGUCGACGAGCGAAAAGAUCGAGAAUCCGGACUUUCUUUACGGGCAGGCCAGCCAGAGCAAGAAGGGGGAGGAUUUCACCUUCCUUAAGGCCGAGUGCCAGCGCGUGCCCGGCGAUGGCGUCACCACCUUCGCCGUCUUCGCGAUCUUUGAUGGACAUAAUGGUUCUGCAGCUGCCAUUUAUGCGAAGGAAAAUCUUUUGAAUAAUAUUUUAUAUGCUAUUCCUUCAAAUCUGAAUAGAGACGAGUGGCUAGCGGCACUACCAAGAGCUUUGGUUGCAGGAUUUGUGAAAACAGAUAAAGACUUUCAAACUAAAGCACAUUCUUCAGGAACUACUGUCACAUUUGUCAUAAUAGAUGGAUGGGUAGUAACUGUAGCAUCAGUUGGCGAUUCACGAUGCAUACUUGAAUCUGCCGCCGAAGGUUCUAUUUAUUGUUUGUCUGCAGACCAUCGGCUGGAUGUUAAUGAAGAAGAGGUUGAGCGUAUAACAGCAAGUGGAGGUGAGGUUGGACGAUUGAACGUUGUCGGAGGUGUAGAGAUAGGUCCUCUCAGAUGUUGGCCAGGUGGAUUAUGCUUAUCAAGAUCAAUUGGAGAUAUGGAUGUUGGUGAAUAUAUAAUUCCAGUUCCUUAUGUCAAGCAAGUAAAGCUCUCCAGUUCCGGCGGGCGGCUGAUCAUUUCAAGUGAUGGUGUCUGGGAUGCUUUGACUUUUGAAAUGGCCUUCAAUUGCUCUCGAGGCCUACCACCAGAUGCUGCUGCCAAUCAGAUUGUUAAAGAAGCAGUGCAAGUAAAAGGAUUACGAGAUGAUACCACCUGCAUUGUGGUUGAUAUGUUACCACCCGAGAAGUUAACCCCUAGUGUACCACCAAAGAAGCAAGGGAUGGGGGUAUUCAAAAAUAUGUUCCGCAGGAAGUCUUCAGAGUCAUCUUCUCAUUCAGAGAGGGGGGAAUCUCCAGAGCCAGAUGUAGUGGAGGAAAUAUUUGAGGAAGGAUCUGCAUCACUGGCCCAAAGGCUAGAGGCCGAGUAUCCCAUCCGCAACAUGUUCAAACUUUUUGUUUGUGCAGUUUGCCAGGUGGAGAUGAAACCUGGUGAAGGAAUUUCUGUCCAUGCUGAUUCAUCACAACCUGGAAAUUUGCAUCCAUGGGAUGGUCCUUUCCUUUGCCCGAGUUGCCAAGAAAAGAAGGAAGCAAUGGAAGGGAAAAGGUCUUCCAGAGAUUCCUCAUCAAGAAGGAGCUCUGAAAGUGAGUAGAUAUUAUUAUUAGUGUCAAUAUGUAUCGUAGCUCAAGAUUUUGUGCAUAUUCUGCCAAUGAGAAGAUGCUGGGAGGCCUGUCUUCGAGUAAAGCUUAACAUGAAAGGAGGAAACUAGCACAUUCACGAGGGAUUUCAUAUGAAUGGUUGUUGAUGUUCUUGCUUACCGAGGUUGAAACUGGCUCUAGUUGUAAAGCUGGAUGUCAUCCGGUGAGCACCUUAUUGAUCGUCAUUUGAAGAUCAUGCGAAGAACUAACAGGUUCAUCAUUGCUGUCCCGCUGGUCAAGAAGGUCCCAGUGUACUAUAAUUCUUUUCCUAAAUGCGGCGCCACAUACAUUAAUCAUUAUAUAGGGGUAAUAUUUCAACCGUACAUAGUGUAAAACAUUGGGAAGUUGCAUCAAAUUUCCCAAGCAUACAAUAGGCAAAAGGGACAAAGCUUCUCGUGCUAAUUGAUUCAUGCUGUAGAUGGAUUUCCUGAUUUACUUAUUGGAAUUCAUAGGAUAUGAUGAAAUGUGCCUCUCAAGGCUUCGUUCUGGUUGGGUAUAUUUUAUUCAAUUAGUGAUAUUUUGACAUCUUUUUUA